CGUAGUUGGGGCGCCACCGCGCUGCUAUUGUUGUAAAGAGGUUGGCCCUCCGCUGAAAACAAGCUACAUAUUAACUUCAGCAGUAGCACUAUAAAUAGUGAGGCAACAUGGGCAACACAAGUGACAGGGUGUCUGCAGAUCGCCAUGGAGCCAAGGCCCACCGCUCAGACAGCAGCGGCAGUCACAAAGACCACGAGCCCAGCAGCAAGAUGGUGGACAGCACAGAUGACCCCAACAUUUUUAACACCCACGGGCCAGAAUCGAAGGCGUUAGGAGAGAAAGAAUCAGAUCUGGGUGACCAGGUGAAAACUGGUCCUCAGGCUCGACCCACGGUCAUCCGCUGGGCCGGAGGGGGAAAGGAGGUCUACAUAGCUGGUUCUUUUAAUAACUGGAGCACAAAGAUACCACUUAAUAAAAGCCAUAAUGACUUUGUAGCGAUCUUGGACCUGCCAGAGGGAGAGCACCAGUACAAGUUUUUUGUAGACGGACAGUGGGUCCACGAUUCCUCAGAGCCGGUGGUAACCAGCCAGCUCGGCACCAUCAACAACCUGAUCCAGGUGAAAAAGUCAGACUUUGAGGUGUUUGACGCCCUGCACGUUGACUCUCUGGAGUGCUCAGAUACAUCAGACCUGUCCAGCUCCCCUCCAGGUCCAUAUGGGCAGGAGCAGUACAUCUUCAGACCAGAGGAGCAUUUCAAAGCCCCGCCUAUUCUCCCUCCUCACCUCCUUCAAGUCAUUCUCAACAAGGAUACCAAUAUAUCUUGUGACCCUGCCCUGCUGCCUGAACCAAACCACGUCAUGCUGAACCACCUUUACGCUCUCUCAAUAAAGGAUGGAGUCAUGGUGCUGAGUGCAACUCACAGAUACAAGAAGAAAUACGUAACCUCUCUGCUCUACAAGCCGAUCUAAGCCUCAGGCUGGGUGCACCACAGUGCUUUUAGAGAGCAGCAUGUUUGUAUUCUGCUGUUUUUUUUGUUCCUGUAUCAUCACAUUUAGCCAAAUCUUGCACUGAAACAAGUUUACAGGCGAGCUAAAGGCCAGCGGCUGUGACUGUGGCUUGGUUUUUAAGAGGUUGCACUUCUGUCUACAUAGGGCUCUGAACAAAAGUAGCGAAGUGUGUAUGUGGCGGGUGUCGGAGAGAGAUGAAAACUAAACUGUGGCUUUUACUUGUGACAUCAACAGACAGAGAAGAGACUGACUAAAUCACUGUGUGUACUUGAGUGUUUGCUGCACCUUGUGAAUAUAUGCAUGUUGUGUGUAAAAUGAGAUUUUUUUAAUGUCAGGAGUGAAAGACGAAGGCGAUCUGUGACGGAUCAGUUUCUUUAAGAUGUUCUCUUAAAGUGAGGGCUUUUGAGUGUUACUGAUGCGGAUUAACAGUUUGAUUUUAAAGUGUUGUGCAGUCAUAUCUUUCUUGAACUGAUUGUAUUCAGUUUUGAACUGGUUUAAUUGGAAGCAUUCAUGGCAAGUGCAUGCAGAACGACUCAAUCUGGCCCGAAGUGAGGGCCUGCAGGUGCUGAAGGGAGCAGCAGACUCGGCAUUGCUUGAACAUUAAGUGCAAUAACCUGCUGUAAAGAUAAGUGAAUUUUAACUCAAAUAGACUCACAAAUAUGAUGAACUAGAACGGAAGGAGGAGGCAGCAGUGAGCAUCAUAUUUUGUCUGUACAUAUUGUCUGUACAGCUUGAACUUAAGUAUUAACAAAUCCAAGAUUGCGGUUUUGUUAAUGUUACCAGUCCCUCCAGGAUUUUGUCAGCUUUUUUGGGGAUAGUUGCGGCCUAAAAUCCCUGAUUUCACAGCAGCUUCUCUUUAAAAAAAAAAUGCAAAUGCGUGUUGUAAUAUUUUUAGGUGCAUUUAAUGCAAAGAAAUUGUGGGAGAAAGUGAGAAUUGCAAAUACAGUCGCGAUUUCUUUUUGAAUAAUUCAUAAAAUGUUUGAGAAAAAAAAUGCACCGUUCUGAGUUUGUGAUUUAUACCACACAAAUGUACCACGAAUCAUGCAUAUUUAAUCUAACUCGCCUCGAUUAUUUCAGCAUGUGCAAUAGAUCUGGACCAUAGACUGUGUGUAAAGAUGGACAGCUCGUCUCCACCUCCUCUCACUGUACAAAAAUAAAGAUAUAAAAUAUAAAAUAUCCCAUAUUUAGCUGCUGCCAUCUCGCACUAAUGACAUUAUUUAGAGCCAAAGUCUGCUCAGGAGGGAUCUCCGCAAUUUUGAGUUCCCACCCAUACACCCGUCCAACCAGUCAUGAAGAAACAAACAUGACAGUUAUAAGCACUAAAAUGAUUUAACGUGUACUUUGAUCUUUUAGUUUGCCUAAUGCUUCUUUCACUAACAGAGGGGGCAGAGUUUAUGAACUUUUGCAGGCAGCCUCAAGGGAGUGAUCAGAUAUUUUGGCUUCACUUUUGGGGAACUAUCAAGUCUUCCAUCUUUAUACACAGUCUCUGAUCUGUAUCCAGCAGGCUCUGUCAUGGUGAAUUGUCUUGUCUCUUGUCCACAAGUUUCAGCCGUUCUCCGGUUGUGUUAUGCGGUAGAAAAUUGUUUGUCAAUCAAUGUAGUUUGUGUUUCACUCUGAUGUUGAACACGAUGCAAAAAAGUUCACCGCUGCUUUCGAGCACAGCAUCAGGGAAUUGCCUUGCAUGAUCGUUAGCAGUAAUUGAUAAAUGUGAGAUGUUCAUCUUCCGCAUGUCUGCAUCCUCACAACCAGAAUCCAAGGCUAGUAAAUGACGGCUGAGGCACGGUCUUUUAACCAGUGGGAGCUUUGGGCUGUGACACGAGCAUAAUGUAAGUGGAGCUGUGACUUUUGUGCGCUUGAAUUGAUGGCGGCUGAUAUAAAAGAACGUUUUUACACAGAAAGCAUUUGCUUAUGGUCUUUUAUUAAUGACCUUUUUGAUGAUUGCAGAACUGUAAUUCUUGCCUUUAUUUUUAUUUUUAAUAUAAAGUAUAUUCUUACCCAAAGCUGACUGUGGACGAUAGUUGAAACAAAUUAUUGCCCAUGUUCUGUGAUAGUGCACCAGCUGUUGAGCCUUUUAACAACUGCAUACCAAUGACAUGAUGCGAUAUGAUGUUGUGUCCCAGCCUUAUUUAAUAGCCUUGCCUGAAACAAAGAAGUGAGUUUUGUGACGCUGUGCGGGGGACUGCUGUGAAUAGUGAAAUUCCAGGCGGUGAUUGGUCAGAUUUGCAGCAAAAGUGUGGUAAUUGGAAAAAAAUUGUGAGGUUGGUGCAGAAUUCACAGGAAUUGGUCAAAUUUGCAUUGAUUGUUAUGAUCGCGGGGCUGUGUUAUGGUCACUAUUGAUGUUUGUGUCAACACUUUCCAGAUGAGGAACAGAGGUCAAAGGUCAAUGUUAAGUUCUGCUGUUGCCUUUAUCCUGAGAUAAUUUUGCGAGCACUUUACCAUCCUGUGAGCAGGAGUGUUGAUAUAAGCUUUUAACUAUGCAGCAGACAACUCUUAUUGUACUGUAGCUUCUUUGGAUCAUAGAACCCGAUUUGUGCUUUUUCUUCUUUAGGUAUGAUGAAAUUGCAGUGCUCUGUUUGUGUGUGCUUCUGUACUGAGUUUUAAUUAUCAAACAGGAAUGUACUGUGUGUAUCUGUGACACGUGUUGUCAUACACACAGACAGUUUCCACUUGCUGCUUUGCAUGCAUUAAAUGUCUGCAACUUGGGUUGAUUCGACACAUUUACUGAGCGUGGUGCAAAUUCCGAUGCUGAUUGACGGCAUUCGGAUGAAUUUACAGGGCUAUGAGGAUAGAUAGUUGCCAUAAAUUUAAAAGUGUACAGUUUGCUCGUGUUCUUUAAAGUGUAACCAUUUAAGGUAAUCUGUAUUUUGAGGUACGGUGGUUUUGAGAGUUGUUUUUUUUGUCACGUUGUGCUGUUUAAUUGUCCGCAUUUACAAUACAGUAUAUAUACCCACGGUUGAUACACUCUACAGACUUUAAAAGGGGCUCUCAUAAAUCCUGUUGGUGUUCAACUAGACGCUCUGAAAGUAUUUUGUGAAUGUCGAGCCUAACCAUGAAGUUUUGUCCAAAGAGUUUUUGAAUCUUGGAGAUGUGAUAAGGGAGACUGGACAAAUGGUGUGGAUGUGGUGUUUUAAGGCUUAAACCAAAACUUGAAUUUUACAACCGUUUCAUGAAUGUUUAAAAAUGCUUUGCAGAAUCAGUGUGAUGAUUCACUGUACAAGGUUUUACUUGUUUGCAAAUAAAGAGAGGACACACUGUUCUUAA